CCACUUUCCACAACAUAACAUCUUCUCCAAUCACUUAAUGGCUCGUACCAAGCAAACCGCUCGCAAGUCUACCGGAGGCAAGGCUCCUCGCAAGCAGCUCGCUUCGAAGGCUGCCCGGAAAACUGCUGCUACGCCUGCCACUGGUGGUGUGAAGAAACCCCAUCGUUUCCGCCCCGGUACCGUCGCCUUGCGUGAAAUCAGGAGAUAUCAGAAGUCGACGGAGCUCCUCAUCCGCAAGCUUCCUUUCCAGCGUCUUGUUCGUGAGAUUGCCCAAGAUUUCAAGACCGACCUCCGUUUCCAAUCGUCUGCCGUCAUGGCCCUCCAAGAAGCUGCCGAGGCCUAUCUUGUGUCGCUCUUUGAGGACACCAACCUUGCGGCUAUUCAUGCCAAGCGUGUUACUAUCCAACCUAAGGAUUUGGCAUUGGCUCGGAGACUCCGUGGAGAGCGCAACUGAGGCUGAGUCUGGUUGAGCCUAGUGGUUCAUUAGUAGAGAUCAGCUCUAGUGUAUUUUUAUUACAUGUUUCUUUAUUCUAUAAUCAUAUCAUCUUCGUGCG